CACACAUUCGCUGUUGUGGCAUCAACGCCAUGCCUCGCAAUGGCGCCUCAACCGCCCACUCGGAGCAGUGCUGGGCUAGGCUCCCAGCAGCUGCUCAAGGGCCGCGAUGCCUCACAGGUGCUGAAGGAACUCGCGCAGGCGCGCCGUGGGCGGGCUGCCAGGCAGCUGCUGGAGCUCUUACGCGAAGAAGGCGCUGAGAUCCCCGUGCAGCAAUGGCACUCCGUGAUCCACGCCUGCGCCAAGUCACGGGAGUGGCAGCAAGGCGUCCAUGUCUUGGCGCAGAUGUCAGCGCAGGUGACGCCUGAGCCCUGGGGCUACAACACCGCCAUUGGGGCGUGCCAGAGGUGCAACCAGUGGCAGGCAGCGGUCGCGCUGCUGGCGUCGAUGGCUGAGGCGACGGUGCAGCAGAAUGUGAUUUCCUACACCUGGGCGGUGAACGGUUGCCUGGAGGCGAACGCCUUCGAGGUGGCCCUGCGCCUGGUGAAGUCCAUGCAGCCCGCCGCGGUGCUGCCGGACGCCAUCGGCUGCAGCUCUGCCAUCAAGAGCUGUGGAACCCGAGGCCGCUGGCAGGAGGCCUUGGUCUUUCUGGAGCUCAUGCCGGAGGUGCACGUGGCGGCCAAUUUGGUGGCCUACAAUAGCGCCAUUUUCGCCUGCGUGGGGCGGUGGGAGGCGUCUGUGGAGAUCUUGAGCUCGAUGCCCUCUGCAAUGCUGGCGCCAGAUGUAGUGAGCUUCAGCUCCGCCAUCAAGGCGUGCAGCGCCGCGGCCGAGUGGCGCCCCGCCCUGCGGCUUUUGGCCGAUGCCGCUGAAGUGGCGGCGUUGGAUUCGAUGGCCUUCAGCUGCGCCAUCGACGCCUGCGGCGCCGUGGCGUGGCCCUGGGCUAUGGAUUUAUUGCGCCAGAUGCACGGCUUACAGCUGGCGCCGGACGUCUACACCUUCAGCGCCGCUCUCUCGAGCCUGGCGGCGGCGGGCCGCUGGCAGCCGGCCUUGCAGCUGCUGCAAGCCAUGCGCGAGGCCAAGGUGUGGCCCAACGCGGUGAGCUACGGAGCGGCGAUGAGCGCAUGUGACAAGGGCGGCCAGUGGGAGCUGGUCCUUCAGCUGCUGCAGGAGAUGCCGGCCAACAAACUAGCACCUGACACCAUUUGCAAGAGCAGCGCGGUGAGCGCCUGCGCCAGCAGCCUGCGCUGGCAGCGAGCCCUGGCCCUGCUGCCGAAGCAAGAGGACUACUACAGCUGCAGCUCCGCCAUCAACGCCUGCGCACGCGCCAGCAGCUGGCCGCAAGCCCUACAGCUGGCAUCGCGGCUGCAGAGCCAGCAGCUGCCGCCCAACGGCAUCAUGUGGGGUGCCAUCUUGAGCGUCAUGCCGGAUGCCGAGGCGCAGCUGUCGCGGCUGCGGGCCCUCUGGGUCGGCAAGGAGCCGCCGGGACCGCCUCUGCCGCUGGCGGGCACGGACUUGGCAGGAGUGCGGUGCUUGCGGUGCGAGGCUGGGCUACUGGCGGUGGAUAAGCCUGCGGGCCUCACCAGUGAGCAGGUCAUCUCCGGCAUAUCCAGGUGGCUGGCGGAUGCAGGGUACCAGGGCAUUCAGAGGUUGUCGCGCCUGGACGCGCAGACCUCGGGCGUGAUGCCGGUGUCGCUCUGCCCCGAGGGGGCAGGAGCUACCAGCUGGUUCCAGCUGCAGUUCGCAUCGCGCCGCGUGCGGAAAGUCUACUGGGCCCUUUGCUCGGGCGCUCCGCUGGCGGAAAACGCGCGCGGCCUCAUCGUGUCUCGCUUGUCCAGUUCUGCCUCUGGUCAAGGCUCAUCGGUGAUGCAGACUCAGUGGUCGCGUACUGGCAAGGAGGCGCGCACGGAGUACACUGUGCUCGAGUCCUUCACUCUGCGCGGGAAGUCGGUGAUGCUUUUGGAGGCAGUGCCCAAGACGGGGCGCACCCACCAGAUCCGCAGCCACCUGGCUGGCUUGCAGCGGCCCAUAGUGGGGGACCGGAACUACCAAGGUUGGAUCGCUGCCUGGUGCCCUAGGCUCUUCUUGCACUGCGCCCGGAUCUCCAUGCAGGACGCCGCCGGGAAGCCGUUCGAGGUAGAGGCGCCCCUACCGGAAGACCUACGACUCGCUCUGGAACACGUUCGGUCCACCUGACGCUGACCAUGUCGUGCAGAAGACCGUGACGAACAGAAGCUCUGCACUGCUCGGACACAAGGAGACCGACCACGACCACCUGCAGAAGGAGACGAAGUGCUUGGCUCGUGGUUUUCAGAUGUAUCCUUCUACCCGAACCAUGGGCCAUGCUGGAGGUUUUUGGGGAGCUCGGGACAAAUUCUCCCUCGAGGAGGGCUCGAAAUUGAAGCCGCCGGGAGGUUUCACUCGCCA